UGCGCCGUCACCUCACAUCACUACUAAGUACUAAAGCCAGAUAUUACAGUAAAAGCUAAGGUAAAUAGGUAAUAUACAUAGAUGGUAAUAUACUAUCAAAGCCUGAAUUAUGUCGUCCAUACGAACGCUGUUUGCAGCUAAAAGAAUGUUCAAUUUCACAAAUAUGCGUCACCUUACGGCUAGAAUUGGGCCAAAGACCCGAGACAUGUCAACAAUCAGUCGUUUUCCUGUGCCAGAGAGAAGCAGUCUUCCUGAAGAUAUACAACAAGUUAUGAACGAAACUGAGGAGAAGGUAUGAACUAUGAACUUGAUAGUACAUAUAAAUAAUACAUACAGCGUCAGGGCUGCAAAUUACUGUCCGACAUCGGACAAUGUCCGACUAAAUUUGGCAAAUGUCCGAGCAAAAGUAAUUUUGAUCCGACAUUGGUCCGAUCACAAAAGAAAAAUUGUCACAUACAUUUUUUUGCUGUCACAAAAUCCGAUUGCAAAUUCACUCAAUUUGCAUUUUGCAAUAAUAUUUAUGAGGCAUUCUAGCAUUUAACUUAACGUUGCAUCGGAAUGGCUAUACAUACUUUUCUCGUGACUUAUAUAUAUCUUGUGACGUAUACUGUACUGUGUCUGACCAAAUUUAGUGCUGUUGGUUUUUGUCCGACCAAAUUCAAGUUAUGUCCGACCAAAAUUAAAAGUGAUCGGACAAAUGUCCUGUCAAGUCAAAUAUUUAUUUGCAGCGUAGACAGGCUAGUUCACGGUAUAAUUUUGUGGGGAUAAUAAAUAUUAUUUCUAACAUAAAAUUUUGUCCGUGCCCCCCCCCCCAUAUAUAAGCCCCCCUCCCCAUGUCAAAGGUUUACGGUAUUUAAGUAUCAGUCCAACCUUUUCAUUGGAAGCUAGUCUUUCAUGAUUUCUCCUUGGUUAGAUGAUCUUGUUGAAACGAAAAAUAAUAAUCUUAAAGAGUUAAAGACCAAUUAUUGGGCUAUUACAUUUAAUGCCCUGCCUUUCUCGGAGGACCUCAUUUUCCAAGGGGGAAAUUAGUAAUUUUUUCCAGAGGGGUAAUUGGGAAAUAUGGAAGAAAAAUGCUCUUUCCAGAGGGGUUAAAAAGCAAAAAUGCACUUCCAGAGGGGGUUCAAGUCUCUUCCAGAGGGGUCAAUUACACAGAUUUUUUUGCAAUCCAGAGGAGUAAAAUCCCCAAAAGCAGAGGUCCUCGACAGGGGGGUUUGGUUUUUUAAUGUAAUAGCCCAUUGUCAAGUCUGUUCUGCAGAUCAGUUCUGCUCAUAACAAAGGGGGACCCACAGAUAUAAACAUUGCCCAAAUUUUGCAUCUUUUGAACUUUUUUGAAUUGAAACAUGCUCUAGUUUAUAUUCAUUUACAAUUGCAAACCAGAAAAGUGUUAGAUAUUCAGUUAGUAUAUCUUAUUUUACAAAUAUAGCAGUUCAAAAUGUUAACAAAGGAUUUGACAGACUUGACAUGGUCUUUAAAAAUCUCAACUUUAGGCAAAUUUUGUUCCAAAUGUGUUCAAAGCUCUGGCUCAUAGACCCGAGGAACUCCGGGCAUUUCUUCACUACUACGAUGUUGUUAUGACAAAUGAGAGUGGUCUAACCAAAGCUGAAAAAGAACUGAUUGUAGUUGCCACAAGUGCUGCCAACAACUGCACAUAUUGCGUAGUAGCGCAUGGAGCAAUACACAGAAUCUUCUCAAAGCAGCCUCUGAUUGCUGACCAGGCUGCAACAAAUUGGGAAUGUGCUGAAAUAUCUGAUCGAGAGAAAGCUAUUUUGAAGUUUGCUAUGAAGAUGGGAAGAGCAGAACCUGUGAAGGAGAGUGAUUUUGAAGAACUGGAAGCGAAUGGAUUAAGUAAAGAAGAUGCAUGGGACAUUGGUGCUGUUGCCUCAUUGUUUGCUUUGUCAAAUAGGAUGGCACACCUCAUGAAUUGCCGACCAAAUGAAGAGUUUUAUGUCAUGGGAAGAGAAAAGAGAGAGAAAAAGGAUAAUUAAAGUACCAAAUUAUGUAACCCAUUAACUUUCUCAGUCUAUACUUUCCCAUUGAAGAGUAAACUAGUCUGAUAAUUAUUAUCAUGAAACAAAAAUAUAGCAAGUGCAUAAAAAAGAAAAUUGUGAACAUGCACAUACAAACAUUGUAUUGCGUAUUUUCUAAGCAAAACAAAGUUUCAAAGAAUUAACAGCCUUGUUCCCAGGCUUUUCCCUCCUGUCUAGGAAUGAAGUUGAACAAAAAAUGUAAUAAACCAGAAUAAUAUAACCAUUAAUAUAAUCUUUAAUAAUUAUAUAUAAUUAUAAUACUAUAUAGCAUCAGCUAGUUUAAGUAGACACUGAUAAACUAGUGAGGUUUAUUAAUUUAGUUGUAUUAUAUGUUGAUAUAAUCAAUAAAUAAAGUUUACAUUAACCCAUUGAGUGGCAGCACUCGGCCCCCUGAUGAUCCAGUAAAAUCAACUGGCGUUAGACAGAGUAAAAUAACAAAGUAGGGCACAUCUGGGCGCAUUGCCACUUAAAGGGUUUAAAAUAUAA